CCUCCUUUGAACGCACAGCCGCCGCCGCCGCCAUGCAGGAACUUAUCGCCAGCGUGGAUCACAUCAAGUUCGACCUGGAGAUCGCGGUGGAGCAGCAGCUCGGGGCGCAGCCGCUGCCCUUCCCGGGCAUGGACAAAUCGGGUGCAGCUGUCUGUGAUUUUUUUUUAAAAGCGGCCUGUGGAAAAGGAGGAAUGUGUCCCUUCCGGCACAUCAGUGGCGAAAAGACAGUAGUUUGCAAACACUGGCUACGAGGGCUGUGCAAGAAGGGUGACCAGUGUGAAUUCUUGCAUGAAUAUGACAUGACUAAGAUGCCAGAGUGUUAUUUUUACUCAAAAUAUGGGGAAUGCAGCAACAAGGAAUGCCCAUUUUUGCACAUUGACCCAGAAUCUAAGAUAAAAGAUUGCCCUUGGUAUGACAGAGGUUUUUGUAAACACGGCCCCCUCUGUAGGCACAGACAUACCCGACGUGUUAUAUGUGUGAAUUAUCUGGUAGGCUUCUGUCCAGAGGGCCCCACUUGCAAAUUCAUGCACCCUCGAUUUGAACUUCCCAUGGGAACCACAGAGCAACCACCACUGCCUCCAGCACCACUGCCACAACAAAAGCUAAAUAACAAUCCACCACUACAGAGGUCAUCAUCCCUCAUCCAAUUAACGAGUCAGAACUCUUCUCCCAACCAACAGAGGACCCCACAGGUCAUUGGAGUUAUGCAGUCUCAAAACAACAGCAUGGGGAACAGGGGUCCUCGGCCAUUGGAACAGGUCACCUGUUAUAAGUGUGGUGAAAAAGGACAUUAUGCCAACAGAUGCACCAAAGGACAUUUGGCAUUCCUUAGCGGACAAUGAGCCAGCAGCACCUUUUUAAAUAUGAGGGCCGAGUUAUGCCUGAAACCACAUUGAACUUGUUGAGCCAUCUUCACCCCCCCCCCCAGUGACUACACGAAAAGGACAGCCUACUGAGGACUACUUACCCACAACUUCUUUUUUGUAUUUCAUUUGUUUUACCUUUUAGAACAUAAGUGGUGCCUGCCUUUAUUCAGACUGCCCAGCUGGGAAGCAGGCUGAAGAAAAGCUUAAUACACAAGCCUUCUUCUGAAAUAGAAUAUUUGGAAUUGGCACUCCUUGUUCCAAUAUCCUUGGCUUGGAAGUCUUUCAUUUUUUCAGCAGUCCUUGGCUAUGGGUGGAAGGUGGGGAUUAGCUCAUGAGAUGUCAUGAGUUGCACAACUGUGCUGUGUUCUGCACAUGCUUAAAAUCUACACCAGUGUCUUCCAUGUAAAGUGUUUGGUCCAAGGGUUAUUGGUAUGUUAUGUGGAAAGAGUUUACUUAACUACCUGCAGUUGUCUCCUAUUGUGGGAGGGUGAAGGAGUUGGCAUCCUGCUGAAGUCCAGUAGAAUGUCCUUGCCUCUGUAGCCAAGAUGAAGUCACAAAGCUACACAGCUCAUGUCCCUUUAACUGAUUAGUCAGAGUUGAAAAGCAAAGGUAUUUAAGUUCAUUAUGCAUUCAUAGUUGGAAGUAGAGGGACACGUGUGUGUAUAAACUCGUGUUACAAGAUUAUAUGUACCUUUUCACCUUUCCACGAUCUUACCACACAACUAUACUUGAUUUUUGAUGGUAGAAUCUGCACUUUCUGAAAUGUGUCAUGCAAUUCUGACCCAUUAUCAAAGAGUUCAGCUACAGUUGCCCAAACUAUCUUUAAACAUUUAUUUCCUAUUUUAAAGGGAGAUACUUUGAUGUUAAUUUAUGAAGUGUGACUUUGGGGGACAGAAAAAGUACACAUGCCUGGGAAAAAUUAACUGAGGUCCUGCAUCACAACAUAACCAGGAUAUUUAAUUGAUUAUCUUGUAGAUUGAGCAGUUAUGUAGCAGGAACAGUGGUUUCAAUUUUACUAAGGAAUCUUCCUGCUGCAAAACAAGAGCAUUAAAUGUCCCUUAUUAGAGAAACCAAAUGAAAGAAGCUAUAUUAUUUGGUUUUGUUGCUAGGGCCAGAUUGAGCCUACUUCUAAAAUGCACACAGCUUCAGUCACCUGAACUGAAUUACUCUGCAGACUUGAGUAAGUUCCAAGAAUGUCAUCUAGUCUCUAGAUUUUGUUAAUAGCACUGACUAUGUCUAAUGCUCUUUACUCCUUAUCCUUACAAAAGGCAAUUAUUCACUCAUGGCCUAUGGUUAACAAUCCCUUCAAGCACCAACUUAAUGUACACCCC